AACAAAUCAACUCAUAAACAUCAGGGCUUUUAAAUCCAACCGUUUUCCUCCGUCAGGGACAAACAGCUCAGUGGUUUGUCCAGAAACCUGUGGAGUUACACAACAGGUGGUGUAAUGCUGUUUGUAAUCCAUCUUUAAUUAUGGGAUUAAUCAAAGAUGAGAAGCUGGAGUGGAUUACUGUCUCAACUGGUUUUGAGUGAGAACACCCCGUGGCGCUGUCAUCUCACUUCUCCCUGCUCUGAGUGUGUGUGUGAGAGAGAGGCGGACAGUUAAACCACACACAUCGACUGACUGACACGCACUCAGUCAGACAGUCGGACGGACAGACGGACGGAUCCUCGGUCUCCUCCGGUGCUGCUCAGAGACAAAAUGUGGCUUCGUGAGGAGCUGUUGAAGUCCAUCUGGCACGCCUUCACCGCGCUGGACGUGGAUCAGCGUGGAAAAGUUUCCAAGUCCCAGUUAAAGGUGCUGUCUCACAACCUGUGCACGGUGAUGAAGAUCCCUCACGACCCUGUGGCCCUGGAGGAGCAUUUUAAGGACGACGACAAAGGGCCUCUGUCCAACCAAGGCUACAUGCCGUACCUCAACAGGUUUAUUCUCGACAAGGUGCGGGAGGAUUUCGACAUUCUGGAGUUUAACAAGAUGUGCUGGACGCUGUGUUAUCUGAAAAAUAUCUGCACCAAAAACCUGCUCAUCACUGAUAAUGAUGCGUUCAAAGUCUGGUGCAUUUUCAACUUCCUGUCAGAAGACAAAUACCCACUGGUCAUCAUCACUGAGGAGAUCGAGUACCUCCUGCGAAAGCUGGUGGAGACCAUGGGGAGCGAGUGGAGUGAGGAGAAGUUUGCAGAUUACAAGCUGCACCUGAACAUGAAGAACAACUGCCUGACGGCCUGGGAGCUGAUCGAGCUGGUGGGGAUGGGUUACUUCAGCAAGGGCAUGAACCGUCACACCCUGUCCCUGGGCAUCAACGACGUCUUCCAGGAACUCAUAAUGGAUGUGCUGAAGCAGGGAUACAUGAUGAAAAAAGGCCACAAGAGGAAGAACUGGACCGAGCGCUGGUUCGUCCUUCAGCCCAACUCUCUGUCGUACUACGUCAGUGAAGAUCAGGUGGAGAAGAGAGGAAACGUCAUUCUGGACAGAAACUGCUGUGUGGAGUCUCUGCCAGAUAAAGACGGGAAGAAAUGUCUGUUUAUUAUCAAGUGCAUUGAUAAAUGCUUUGAGAUCAGCGCAUCAGAUAAAAAGAAGAAGCAGGAGUGGAUUCAAGCUAUCCAGACGUGCAUCCAGCUGCUGAGGUUGGGUCUGUCGUCUCCUCACCGCGAGGCCCGGCUGAGGCGCAGGGAGCUCCGGCAGAGGCAGCAGGCGGAGGAGGAGGACCUGGUGGAGAGGAUGAAGCAGCUGCAGGCGGCCAAUGAGAACAAACAGAGACAGCUGGAGGCCAUGAGGGAGAAAAUGGAAGAGGCUGCAGCUAAAGCAGCGUUAGAGGAACUCAGGAGGAAGAGGACUCAGCUGGACCUGCAGGAUCGCUACAGACUGGACCUGGAGAGAGAGAAAAUGGUGCGUCAGCAGAUGGAGGAGCAGGUGGCUCAGAAGUCCAGUGAACUGGAGCAGUACCUGCAGCGUGUCCGGGAGCUGGAGGACAUGUACCACCGUCUGGAGGAGGCCUUAGAGGACGAGAGGCAGGCGAAGCAGGACGAGGAGGCCAUGAGGAAACUGCAGGCCAGGCUGCUGGAGGAGGAGGCGUUGAAGCGGACGGAGCUGGAGCAGAUCCACCUGCAGCAGCAGAGGGUGCUGUCUCAGACCGAGGCCGAGAGGCAGGAGCUGGCGGCCGAGCAGCUCGCCAAGGAGAGGGAGCUGCAGACGGCCGUGCAGCAGCUGCAGAGACUGGAGAAGGAGCGGCAGGGAGCGCUGGAGCAGUACCAGGAGGUGUCGAGGAAACUGGAACGAGCAGCAAACAAGACAAAGACUUGGAAAGACAAAGUGGCCAAACACGAGGGGCUGGUGCGUCUCAUCCAGCCAGGUCAUAAAGAGCCUCAGCGGAUCACUAACUGGGGUCCAGCAUCGUUCACCGACACUGAGCUGGAGAUGAGGAAGAAGUCGUGGCAGGAGAGAAAGAACCAGGGAGCUCAGGCUCAGUGAACGCACCACGACGGACGGAUCAGGUCUGAAGAGGUUUGAGAACGUGAACGCACCGAGACACAACACAGCUGCAAAAAACUGUCACUCCUCUGAUUUUAAACGUGCAGCAGCUCAGAUUAACUUCAUUUCAUCUGUUGGUUUUAUAACAAAAAUCACGUUGAAGCAUCAUAAGUUCAGUGGAAGUCGUCUGACAGAAUAAUCUUAAAUCAGCGUCGACUUACUGGCUUUUUUCUGCUGGGUCACAUGAUGACAUCUGAACCAGCUCCAAUGAAGCCGCAGGAAAAAAAAAGCCACGAGUGGAACAUGAGUUAAGAUUAUUUUCUUCUAUUAUACUUUUUAUUUUGCUCUGUCGAGUUUCUUCUUUUACUCUCUCAUUCUUUGUGCUGUUUCUAAUUUUACUUCUUUUUCUACAGCAGCUUUUUUCUUUUAAUGAUUUCUUACUUCAACACGAGUCCAUCGUCCAAAACACGUCUCAGGCUUUUCUCCAGUUCGCCACACCUCAUCAGGACGGUGUCUGAGGUUGUAAUGAUUAAUCCUGUGAUCAAUAUGUCAAAACAAACAGAAACACCUGUUAUCCUUAACCCAUCCUGAGUCUGUUUCUUAAAAUAAAAAAUGAAAUUCAGUUUUUUUUUUAUCAUAACUAUCUAGACUAAAACACAGUGUAUUGAAAUCAGUCGUCAUGUAACUUUAUGAAUAACUCAGACUAGUUUCUGUCUGCGUUUGAACUCAUCCGUUCAUGAACUAAACUUAAAAAGAAAGUUAAAGCAGCUUCUCAGACGCUGCGUCCUGACACCUCCUCUGAUGAAGGCAAGAGGUGUUUUCAUGUUUUCACAUUAAACCUGUUCAUGAUGUAAACUAGUGAGUUUUACUGACGUGCAGCAGUCGGUUCAUUCAGCUGUUUAUCAGAUGAAGUUGAGUGAAUUGUAUCUGUUGCUGUAACUAAGACGAUAAAGAAAAUAAAACAUCUUUUUUUAAUGAA